AUGCCAUUCACCUACGGCACCGACCACCUCGAACCGGCCUUCCCGGACCGCCCAGUCCCGCGCAUCACAUGGGGUCUGCCCUUCGACGAAGCCUGCGCCCACCACAUCACACACACGCUGCACUGCUCGCGCGUGUACGUCGUGGCGUCGCGCUCCCUGUCGACCAACACGGACGCAUUGACCCGCCUGCGGUCCGCGCUGGGCGACGACAAGGUCGUGGGCCAGCGCAUCGGCAUGACGCCGCACACGCACUGGAACGAAGUGCUGGAGAUCGCGCAGGACGCGGCGCCAAGACACCCGGACUGUAUCGUCACGUUGGGCGCGGGCUCGCUGACCGACGGCGUGAAGGUGAUUUCGUGGAUGCUCGCGAACGGCAUCACCACGUCCGAAGGGCUAGAGGCGCUCUUGGCCUUUUCUUCCGCAUCAUCCACAUCCUCGUCACCCUCGUCUUUGUCAUCUUCUUCUUUCAAGGACCCCGAGAUCUACCACGUCGCGGUCCCGACGAGCCUCUCCGGCGGCGAGUACCAGAGCAUCGCGGGCGUGACGCGCGACGACGGCACCAACGCCAAGGUUCUCUUCCAGCCGCCGCCGCGCAACCCCAGCCUGGUGGUGCUGGACCCGGGCCUGACCGCGACGACCCCGCCCCGGAUCUGGCUCAGCACGGGCGUGCGGGCCGUCGACCACUGCGUGGAGACGCUGUGCAGCUUACGUUCCAACAGCAAGGGCGACGCCGAGGCCGAGAAGGGACUGCUCCGCCUGGUGCCCGCGCUGAUCACGACGCACAGGAGACCCGACGACCUGGACGCGCGGUACGAGACCAUGCGCGGCGUCGUCGAGGCCAUGUCCGCCGUCGGCAGCGGCGUGCCCCUCGGCGCCAGCCACGCCAUCGGCCACCAGCUGGGUCCCCUGGGCGGUGUCGGCCACGGCGAGACGAGCUGUAUCCUGUUGCCCGCCGUGUGUAAGUGGAAUGCCCGUGUCGGCGCAAACGUCCAGCGCCAGGCGUAUACUAGGGAUGUGCUGCUUCGGUCGCCCGUCGUCAAGGCGUUGGUGGAGGAGAGAUAUGGACAGGGCAGGCCCGCACAGGGCAAGGCUCAAACUGACAUCGACCUGGGAGAUAUUCUGGACUUGAUCUUCCGCCACAUCGGCAUGCCUCGGACGUUGAAGGAUGUGGGUGUCGGGAGGGACAAGCUGGAGGUGUUGGCGCGGAAUAGUUUGAAGGACCAUUGGAUCCAGACGAACGCGAAGCCUAUCACCGAGAUGGAGCAGGUCAUGGAGAUUCUGGAGAUGGUGGUAGAAUGA